AUGGCUCCUCUCACGAUUGAGCUGACACCGAUACUGGCUUCGACGAUCCAUUACCAGAGUGCUGUCGCCAUCAACACUGAGAACAUACUCAGCUCCGCCGUCCUGGUCGCGCUACUGGCUUUCUUCUCCCUUACACUACCGAGAAUGAUGGAAUCUGGAGGCCGAAAGCACGAAUUCAGGAGUAGCCGGUUGUUAUACGACAGCAAGAACGCAGCUGAAAAGACCCCACCCGGUAUACACUUAUCGAUGAAGCUGGCCAUGAAGACCAUCCGUCAGGUCUCUCCAUAG